AUCUCCCCGUGCUAUGCGGCUGCUUCCCACUAGCUAUCUAUUUUACAUUUGGUAGUGUAUAUAUGUCCAUGCCACUCUCUCACUUCUUCCUAGCUUAACCUUCCCACUCCCCUCAAGUCCAUUCCUCAAGUCCAUUCUCUACGUCUGCAUCUUUAUUCUUGCCCUGCCACUGGGUUCAUCAGUACCGUUUUUUUUUUUUUAGAUUUCAUAUAUAUGUGUUAGCAUACGGUAUUUAUUUUUCUCUUUCUGACUUACUUCACUCUGUAUGACAGACUCUAGGUCCAUCCACCUCAUGAACAACAACUCAAUUUUUUUCCAUUUUAUGGCUGAGUAAUAUACCACUGUAUAUACGUUAGACUGAUUAUUUUUAAGAAACAGAAGACUCAGGAAGUCUUUCUUUUUACCUGAAGAAUUUAGAUAUAGGGCCUAUUCCUGGAGUAGAGCCGUCACCAGAGAAGCUGCAAAGAAUGAAGGCUAUAUGUGGUUGGGGAAACUCUACAGCAGCGGUCCCCAGCCUUUUUGGCACCAGGGACCAGUUUUGUGGAAGACAGUUUUUCCAUGGGAUGGGGGCGGUGUUCGGUGAUGGUUCAGGCGGUAAUGUGAGUGAUGGGGAGCAAUGGGGAGCAGCACUUUCUUGCCCACCACUCACCUCCUGCUGUGCCGGUCCAAGGCCCAGGGUUUGGGGACCUGUGCUCUACAGCGCCUAGAGAUCAGUGUCUAUUCUGUGUCCCAUUGUCUCUGCAGGCCCAGUAAACCUUUGUUCACCAAACUUUUGCUUUUCCAUUUCCAUGUAAAUUGCCUUCCUCCCCUUUGAAGUCCCAAAUCACUACCACUAACAUCCUUUUUUAUCUUUUGCUCAAGAUGGUAUUUAAAGUGAGGGUUUCAGCCAUUUUGGCAAGUUACUUAGCUUUCCUGGGUCUCUCCGCUGUAUACAUUUUAUUAAACUUUUGUUUGAUUUUCUUUUGUUAAUCUCUCUCAUGUCAGUUUAUUUUUUUUAUGGAAGUAUAGUUAAUUUACAAUAUUAUAUUAGUUUCAGUUAUAUAGCAUAGUGAUUCAGUAUUUUUGCAGAUUAUACUCCAUUAUAGAUUAUUACAAGAUAAUGGCUAUAAUUUCCUGUGCUAUACAGUAUAUCCUUGUUACUUAUCUAUUUUAUACAUACAUAGUAAUUUGUAUAUGUUAAUCCCAUACCCCUCCUCCUUUCCCUCUCCCCUUGGUAGAAAUGUAAAUUGGUGCAGCCACUAUGGAAAACAGUAUAGAAGUUCUUCAAAAACCUAAAAAUAGAAUUGCCAUACUAUCCAAGGAAUUCCACACCUGGGUGUAUACCCAGAAAAAAAUGAAAACACUAAUUCAGAAAGGUACAUGCAGGGCUUCCCUGGUUGUCCAGUGGUUAAGGUUUUUUCUUCCAAUGGGUUCGAUCCCUGGUCGGGGGGCUGUCACGCAUGCCUCGUGGGGAAAAAACCAAAGCAUAAGAAACAGAAGCAAUGUUGUAACAAAUUCAAAAAGGACUUUAAAAAUGGUCCACAUCAAAAAAUCUUUAAAAAAAAAAAGGUACAUGCACCCCAAUGUUUAUAGCAACUUUAUAUAUAAUAGCCAAGACAUGGAGGCAACCCACGAGCCCACCAACAGAUGAUUGGAUUAAGAAGCUGUGUGUUACUCAGCCAUAAAAAAGAAUGAAAUUCUGCCAUUUGCAGCAAUGUGGAUGGACCUAGAGAAUAUUUGGUUAGUGAAAUAAGUCAGGCAGAGAAAGACAAGUACUGUAGGACGUCGCUUAUAUGCAGAAUCUAAAAAAUAAUACAAAUGAAUGCAUAUGCAAAACUGAAACAGACUCACAGAUACAGAAAACAAACUUGACCUAGAGAAUAUCAUCCUUCCUUUUAUCCAUGUGGUGUAGCACAUUGAUUGAUUUGCAAAUGUGGAACUAUUCUUGUGACCCUGGAAUAAAUCCAACUUGGUCAUGUUGUAGGAUCCUCUUUACAUAUCAUUGGAUUUGGUUUGCUAAUAUUUUGUUGAGGAUUUUUGCAUCUGUAUUCAUCAAAGAUAUUGGCCUGUAAUUUUCUUUUUUUGUAGUGUCUUUGUCUGGUUUUGGUAUCAAGGUAAUGGUGGCCUCAUAGAAUAAAUUUGGGAGUGUUCCGUCUUCAGUUUUUUGGAAUAGUUUGAGAUAUGUAUCUGGUAGAAUUCCCCUGUGAUCCCCUGACCAGGGAUCAAACCCGUGCCCCCUACAGUGGAAGCACGGAGUCCUAACCACUGGUCUGCCAGGGAAUUCCUGAAGGGAGUUUUUAAAUUACAGAUUCUAUUUCACUUCUAGUGGUUGUUUUGUUCAAAUUGUCUGUUUCCUCUUGACUCAGUCUUGGCAGGCUCUGUGUUUCUAGAAAUUUGUCCAUUUCUUCUAGGUUGUCCAUUCGUUGGCAUAUAACUGUGUCAAAGCCUCUCUUACGAUUUUUUUUUAUAUCUCUGUGGUAUCCAAAUUGGAAAUGAAGAGGUAAAACUCUCAUGUCAAUUUAAUUCUUAGAGCAGCCAGAAGAACCCAGAAGGGUGGAGGAAAAUUUCUUCCUCUCUGACAACAUUACGCAUGAAUUAAUAGAUUAAUUGGGUAUUUUCACUAUGUUUCUCUUUGUCCCACCACAUAUACACAAAACAGGGAAUAUAGUAAACAUAAAAACUUUUUCUAAUAAGCUCAACAGUGAACAUGGUGAGGAAUUAGUUCCUAAAUAUCUUUUCUCUGUCAUACAGUUGUGAAUAUUUCAGAUUGAUCAGAUAUAUGCUCUUACAGGGAUCAAUUUCAUUUGAGGAUGUGACUGUGAACUUCACCCAGGAGGAGUGGGGUCAGCUGGACCCUGAUCAGAGGACUUUGUGCAGGGAUGUGACGCUGGAGAACUACAGAAUCCUCAUCUCAUUGGGGCAUUGCAUUGCCAAACCAGAGGAGAUCUUCAAGUUAGAGCAAGAAGCACCAUGGAUAUUAGAGGAAGAAUUUGCAAGCCAUUGUUACCCAGGUGAAUUGAAAGUUGAUGGCAUGAUAAAGAGCAAAGAAAACCAAGACAGACAUUUAUGGCAGGCUGCAUUUAUCAAUAACAAAAAAGUAGUUACUGUGAAAGAGAAUGUAUUAAGAAAACCAUUUAAUUUUUGCAUAGACUAUAUUCCUUCCAGAAGAAGGCCCAGUAAAUAUAACCUAGAUGGAAUCAGUUUAGAAAAUACAUCAGAGUUAACCAAUAAUAAUAGAAACUAUUCAGGAAAGAAAUCUGAUGAUACCAAUGGGUGUGAGAAAUUGAUUCCUGAAAUUAAUCAUGAGAAAACUCAUAUUGGAGAGAAACUUAAUGAUUUUAAUAAAAAUGAGAGCACUUGCUAUCAUAAUGAGGAUUUUAUUCAGCAACAGGAGAGUCACAGUGUGGAGUAACUAUUUGAAUAUAAUGAACACAUUAAAGCGUUCCACGGUAAUGCCCUCUUCAUUACUCAAGAAUGAACUCACACAAGAGAGAAACUCUGUGAUUAUGGUGAAUAUGAGAAAACGGUCAAGGAUGAGUCAAACCUCAUGUUACAUGAGGUAAUUUACUCAAGGAAGAAUCACUAUAAACUUAAUGAAUGUGGGGAAACCUGUGAUAAGUCAGUCCUCUGGAAGAAACGUCAUAGACUUCACAUGGGUGAGAAAUACCACGAGCGUAACAUAUGUGGAAAAGCCUUCUUCCAGAAGUCAAACCUCACAGUACACCAGAAAACACACACAGGAGAAAAACCCUAUCAAUGUAAUGAAUGUGGGAAAUGUUUUUACCAUAAGCCAGCCCUCACUGUAUAUCAAAGAAUUCAUACAGGAGAGAGACCCUAUGAAUGUACUAAGUGUGAGAAAACCUUCUAUCAGAAGUCAGCUCUCCAUCGUCAACAUCAAAGAACACACACAGGGGAGAGGCCAUAUAAAUGUAGUUAGUGUGGAAAAUCUUUCUCCCAAAAGUCAGACUUGACUGUGCAUCAGAGGUCUCACACAGGAGAAGAACCUUAUAAAUGUUAUGAGUUUGAGAAAUUCUUCAGUAUAAAGUCAAAACUUACUAUACAUCAGAGAAUAGGCUCAGGGGAGAAGCUCUACGAAUGUAGUGAAUGUGGGAAGAUGUAUUAUAUGAAGUCAACCCUCAAUAAACAUCAAAGACUUCACACGGGAAGAAUAUAUGAAUGCAGUGAAUGUAGGAAGACCUUCUGUGGGAAGUCAGUUCUCCUUAAACACCAGAGAACUCAUACAGGGGAGAAACCUUACGAAUGUGUUGAAUGUAGGAAAACCUUUUCUGAGAAGUCAAGCCUCAGUAAACAUCAGAGGAUUCAUACCGGGGAGAAACCCUUUGAAUGUAACAAAUGCAGGAAAACUUUCUGCCAAAAGUCACAACGCAUUCAACAUCAGAGAAUUCAUACAGGGGAGAGACCCUACGAAUGUAACGAACGUGGGAGAAUGUUUUGCCAGAAGGCCUCCCUCAAUGUACAUCAGAGAACACACACAGGAGAGAAACCCUAUGAUUGUAACGAAUGUGGAAAAUCUUUCUAUAAUAGUUUAUCCCUCAUUAAACAUAAGAGAAUUCACUCAGGGGAAAAACUCUAUAAUUGUAAUGAGUGUGGGAAGACCUUCAGCCACAGACCCACUCUUGCCACACCUCAGGGAAUACACACAGAAGAGAAACAGCAUAAAGACAUUUAUACAAAACACUCCUCCCACAAUUCAGAGCCUUUGGUAUGACAGAAACUAUAUCUGGGGAAGAAACUCUAUGCAUGUAAUGAAUGUGAGAAGUCCUUCUGCCAGAAGUUAGCCUUCAGUUUAUAUCAGAGAACUCACACGGAAGAAACCCUGGCAGUGUUUUUAUCAAUAUACAUUUCAUUUUGCUACUCAGCACGUUGCUAGUCUGUAUUUCUGAGUUUCUCUUGCAACCACAUGGGACAAUGUGAAUGAGAACUGGCCAAUGGAAUGUGAGCAUAAUGAUGUCAUUCACUUCUAUGUCUGAGACAUAAUGGGCUCCUUGACAGUCCUUUGUGUUCUCUGUUCUCUGUGGGGUAGGAAUGUAGUUGCCUUCCAUUGAGAGGUCUGUAUGCACUGUAUGUUGGUGAACUCACACAAGAGUGGAGACUCCUGUCAAAAUCCUGAAUGCUUAGAAGCCUCAUCCAUGAAUCAAACUCACUGUAAUGGGAAAAAUCAGAGUCAAGAAAUCUAUUGGUUACAACAAAUGUAGAAAGGCUUUACUAAAAGGUGAUAUUUCACUGAACCUCAGGUAAAUCAGAGUACAGUAAAACUUUAUAAACGUUUGGCUUUCUGAAAGUUUUCAGUAAAACAUACUUUAUUAUAUUUCAGAGAAUUUUUACUGAGGGAAACAAUUUAGAAAACAGAAAUAUUUUUUUAGAAAAAUGUUUUGGUAACAAAACUUUUGCUAAAUAUAAUAAAAUAUUUAUAUGUAUGUAGCCGCUGUAGUACAUGUAUUUUUGUAAAAUAUCACAAAUAUUUCGAAGGAAUCAUCUAUACAGUGUUAUGUAUGUGUGAAAAUUCCUUGAGCUGUGGGAGACUUUUAUAUGAGUGUAUUGUAUAAUAUUUUCCGUGUUUAAAAUUUUCACUGGAACCCAAUAGAAUCAAACUAAAACAUCAAGAUCCUUAAUUUAAUGACCAUUAUGACAUAAUUAUCAUUGUAAAUGUCACUGCAGUCUUUUAUAUUUUAACACUAUAUAUAUAUAUUUUUUUUUAAUUAAUUUAUUUUUGGCUGCGUUGGGUCUUCAUUGCUGCGUGUGGGCUUUUCUCUAGGUGUGGAGAGCAGGGGCUACUCUUUGUUGCGGUGCGUGCGUGGGCUUCUCAUUGUGGUGGCUUCUCUUGUUGUGGAGCACGGGCUCUAGGCACGUGGGCUUCAGUAGUUGUGGCACAUGGGCUCUGUAGUUGUGGCUCGCAGGCUAUAGAGUGCAGGCUCAGUAGUUGUGGCGCAUGGGCUCAGUUGCUUCAUGGCAUGUGGGAUCUUCCCAGACCAGGGCUUGAACCCGUGUCCUCUGCUUUGGAAGAUGGAUUCUUAACCACUGUGUCACCAGGGAAGUCCAAACACAAUAUAUAUUUUAUGUGAGAUUAUAUGUGACACAUUUAAAGUAUCAUGCUACAUGACCCUUGAAUAACGCAGGGGUUAGGGACACUGAACCUCUGUGCAGUUGAAAAUAAGAGUAUAAAUUAUAGUUGGCCUCUGUAUCAUGGUUCCACAUUCACAGAUUCAACCAACCAUAUAUCAUAUAGUCCUGUAGUAUUUACUAUUGAAAAAAAUCCACAUAUAAGUAGACCCACACAGCUCAAACCUGUGUUGUUCAAAGGUCAACUGUACACACAUCUUCUCUACUAUGUCCUGGUGUAUAUUAAUGGGUAUGGCCAUUGUUACUGAAUGGUCUGUUCAGUAAAGAAGCCAACAGUAUUUUUGCCAGCCACAUGUUUCUCUAAUAACAAUUAUUUACAUACAAAAUAGAGGCUAAGUUCACAAUUUUUACCUCUAGCAUAAGCCUGAGUUUAAGAAAGCAGCUGUGAACAGUAAUGCUUGAGAAAACAACCCCCUCUUUCAAUGUCCUGAAAUGUUUAAAUGGGGACCCUAAGUAGGUUUGAGUGUACCAGCCCAGUUUAGAUGGAAUUAGGAAUUAUUUGUAUAGUAACAUGCUAUAUAUCGUUGUCUUUACUUCCUAGUAUUAGCAACCAUGGUAUGGUGCAGAAGUUGGCAGACGUUUUCUGUAAAAGGCCAUAUAGUAAAUAUUUUAACCUUGUAGGCCACAUGUGCUUUCUGUCACUUUUUUUUCACAACCUGUAAAAACCAUUCUUAGCUCAUGGCCCAUUGGAAAACAGGUUUGGCCUGUGGGCCAAAGUUUGCUGACCUCUGAUGUAGCAGUUAAGAGCAUGGACUCUGGAACCAGAGUUACUAGACUCAAAUCCCAGUUCUACUGCAUAUUAGCUGUGUGACCUGGGCCAAAUCCCUUAUCUGUUCUGCAGUUCCUUAUUUGCAAAAUGAUGAUAAUGAUAUUACCUACCCCAUAGGGUUCUAGUGGAGAUUAGGUAAGGUAGUAGAUGUAAAGUACUUAGACCAUUGGAUAGAGUGUGGUGUUAGCUUUUCUAUGAGUAGCAUAAUUUCCUUGCAACAGAUUUGUAGGAGCUUUUACAGACUUGUGAUCAGUUAUUCACCAGCUGUCUCUCACUUGUUCCAUGCCAGCAGAAUGUUAUUUUUGUUUCACUGUCCACCUUUCCUCUGUAUGAUACAGGAGAUAAUGAUCUAACCUAAUUUAUUUUCAGCUUUUUGGCUAUGACUGAUAAAUAAAAUUGUAAGAUACAGUUGGCCCUCCAUACCCGAGGGUUCUACAUCUAUGCAUUCAACCAACCACGAAUUGAAAAUAUUUGAAAAAUAAAUUCUGGAAAGUUCCUAAAAGCAAAACUUGAAUUUACUGCAUGCCAGCACUGUUUACAUACCAUUUACAUUGUGUUUACAACUAUUUACAUAUUAUUUGCAUUGUAUUGGGUAUUAUUUAAUCUAGAGUUGUGUUUACAACUAUUUACAUAUUAUUUGCAUUGUAUUGGGUAUUAUUUAAUCUAGAGUUGGUUUAAAGUACAUGAGAAGGCAUGCAUAAAUUAUAUGCAAGUAAUACACCAUUUUAUAUAAGGGAUUUCAGCAUCCAUGAAUUUUGGUAUCUGAUGUGAGUCCUGGAACCCUUUCAGGACAUUUGGUCCUGUCCAAAACAUCCAUUGCGACAUUUGGUCCCUGAUCCAUUAAAUAAUGCAAACAUUUAACUUCAUUAAAAAUUUAUGUAAUUUUUGUUGUAAUUCAUGAUGGAUUUUGGAUUUCACAUUUAUUCUUCCUCGUCGUGAAGUUUGGCAGGGUUGCUCUUCAGUCGAUGACCAACUGCUCCUGAGUAUAUAUUGACCUGAUUAUUGGUUUCAUGUUCGUUAUAUCUGCUAACAAUUUUGGUUAUAUGAAUUUGAUUUUGUUAGUAUCGUUGUGAAAUUGGUGGCCCUCUUUGAAUGUGACCACCAAGAACUGGGUGAUAACUUAUUCAUUGCUUUGCUAUUCAUCCUUUAACACUUCAGUAAAUCUCCAAAUUGAAGGAUGAUGCACUACCAUCAGCUUUGGAAAUUUGUUAUGCCAGCCUUUCACUGUGUUGUUUGUCCUCUGAUCACCAGUUAGUACUGAUGUAUACACAUUCCAAGUUUCUGGUGGAAAUCUUGCAGUUUCUGGUUUUCUGCUUCUGCCAUGCCUUCCAUGAACAUAUACUCUCUCUACAUAAUCCAUUAGGUAUCUAAAUUUUCUUUUGCAGUCUCCACAGUGUACUCAAAAGUUUCAUUUAUAACUUCCAUAGGCAAAUGGAAGUUCAAACAACAGGGAUGUACAGGUGUUACUGUACAUUGUCAUAUACCCUGGCGUUAGAUCCAAAGAAGACAUGUUUUACCACAGUGAUUGUGUAACAAGCAUUCUUUUACUUAUGCACUUGGUAAGGGGAAUUGAAUCUUACUGAUAUUUGCAAUCUUGAAAUUCAUCAUGCAUGAUGAAGGGUUAAUGUUGAGGUUUCUUUCCCAUGCAAAUUCAAGUACUUUCUCAUACAUGUAUAUCUGUGUCUUCUCAUCCUUUCAUUGUCAGUGCAUAAAUCAGUGGCAUAGUAUAACCCAGUACUAGACUGUGCACAGUAAAUAAUUGAGUGACAUGUGUUGGUGUCAUCUUGAAGAUGCCAUCAGUGAAUCUUGUUGUACUGGCACUGAUAUAGUGAAUAUUGUCAUCAGUUGUGUAAAUAAGAAUUCUUUUUUCAUCUUGAGCACCAGAAUCGUGCAUAAAAAAUGGUUUGCCUCAUCUGGUCACUUUACACUCCUCUGGAAUUUCAGUUCCAUGCAAUGAUGUUGGGUUUGGAGGUCAAUGGGUUCUGGAGCUCCCACCAUCUCCCCUUUGGAAUAUAUUCAGGGUUUCAUAAGCAGGUAUGAGGAAACUGACAUUGUUAAUUCAGCAUAUUUCCUAACCAGCAACCCCAGGUUUUUAUAAUCUUGUUCAUACACGAACUACAUGUUCCUUGGGAGUGUCAGUAGCUUCCAUCAUAUUCUCUGAAAAGUUGAUAACUCAAGAAUGCAGUUCAGAUGAGACCCCCAGGAAGCUCUCAGAUGUCCUAGACUAUGCCCCCCAAUCACCAUUUCACUGGUUCAGUCUGCCUGGAGAGCAAGGUUAAAGAGUUGGAGCUGAGUGUCAGAGCUUCAUUUGGAAUUUUGUGAUCAAAUGUGUGGACUCAGCAGUUGCUCCUAUGACAACUUAAGUGGCCAUGAAAAAUCAUGUAGAUGGCUCCAAGAGAGGUUCAAGGGAAUCCAUCUGAUCCUUCCUUGUCUUGUGAUCUUUCUUAGCACAGAACAAGGAGCUUUCCCUUGUUGGCUCAAUCAGAGCCCUUUUCCUCUGAAGUGAGGGAUAAAGGACAAGAUAUCAGGUCUCUUUCUGCUUGAGGAUACGUAAGGACAAUGAUCUUUGUGUGGGCAGGAUAGCUUUAACACCUAGAACUGUCUGAGGUUUUAUUCAAAUAAAAAUCGCAAAGAUUUGUUCCUUCAACUUAGGAGAGAUGCUAGUAACAACUAGGCUGGUUUGAUGAGUUACUAUUGUAAAAGUUGCAUGCGAAGAGUUAACAAAUCAGAAGAGAUACUCCUCAAUCUGCCCUAGGUUAAAUUUGUAAAGGUAAAGUGUUAUUAAUAUAAAUAUUUCAGAAAUUUUAUACUUUAUGGAUAUCUCUGGAGAUUUGUCAGUGCCCUCUCUGUUGAUAAUAUGUUUAUAACCUUAGGAAUAAAAUUCUUAUGAAGUAGUUAUGUACAAUUCUUCAACAGAGAAGUGUAUUCUCAUUCUGUUAUUAUUUGCUACAGAUAUAAAUUAACCACAGCCACCAAGUGUCUGUCAUCUGCAGGUAGUUUUUCAUUCUGAGGCUUGCCUGAGCACUCUGCUAUAAGCUCAACAGGUCAGAGUUUCUGUCUUCAGCAAAGGACAGUCAUGGAGCCUCAUGGUAUAGUACUGUCCAAAGUACUUCAAUGAUGGAUACUUCAAAGAAUAGACUCCUGGUUACAGCUUCUGAGAUAACAUCACUUGGACAACUUUCAGACUUUACCAGUGGACUCGGGAUUUCUAAGACUCUUCAGCCCAAAAGUAGAUGGCUUCAGGAGAGCAGGCUAGUAACCCAAGACCCAGAGGAACAAGAAUAUAUUACAUUGGAUCAAAUGAAUUGAUGAGAAAAAUUUUAUUAUUGCUGUUCAUAGGAAUAUUUUAUGUUGUUUUAAUUUUCUAUUUCCUGUAUGUUAUGGGAUGAAUUGUGUUCCCCCAAAAUUCAUAUAUUGAAGUCCCAACACCCAGUACCCCAAACAUGACAGUAUUUGGACAUAAGAUCUUUAAAGAUACGAUUAAGUUAAAAUGAGGUCUUUAGGGUGGCCUUAAUGAAUCUGACUGAUGUCUUUAUAAGAAGAGGAAAUGUGGACACACAAAGAGACAUUAGGAGCACACACAAACACACACACAUGGGAAAGUCCACAUGAGGACACAGCAAGAAGGUUGCCAUCUGCAAGCCAAGGGAGAGAGGCCUCUUGAGAAACCAAACCUACUGACACCUUGAUCUUGGACUUCUAGCCUUCAGAACGGUGAGAAAAUACAUUUCUGUUGUUUAAGCCACUCAGCCUUUGGUAUUUUGUUACAGCAGCCUAGCAAAAUAAUUCACUGGAUUUAUGAGGAAACUUUUCUAUUUAUAAUCCAAAACAAUUUAGUAGACUCUGCUUUUGUAAACUGAAACUGAAACAUUAAAACAGUCCAGUUCCCUGGACUGCCAGGGAAGUCCUGGGUAUGAUGUCAUUUUUAAGGAACAAGGUCUAUUUAUGAAGCCAGUGCCUACAAAGCCCUUGAAGGAAAACUAGACUGAUAGUGUCUUACUGAAUUCCAGCCUUACCUUGCAGUCAGAAAGAUGAUUUUCUAGAACGCCAGGAACAUUCGCAGAUUUAGAGGAUUUUGAGAAAGAGCAAUUCACCCAAAUGUCUAGGUACCAUAAAUGUGAUGAAAUUUGGUGGAGUUUCUUGGGAUGAGUUUCCUAGCUCCUGGGAUACCAAAUACUAGUGGCUUUAAAAAGUACUGCUAACUAUCUCGGUAAGGUUAGAUCUUUAGCAUGUAACAAAAAGUUUCACAUGGAUUCAAGAUUUAGAAUUUAAAAACUGACCGGUCAAAAGUAUUUUAAAAUAUUAAUAAAAUGUUCUGUCGCUUUUGUAAUUAUUUACUGAGCGUCAACUAUGUGCCAGAUCCUGUUCUAUGGUUUAGGCACAAAGUGAGCAAACGAGACAAAGUUCUAAUCUGAACAGAGCUUGCAUUCUUGUGGUGGAAGCAGCCAGUAAGCACAGAAGGUAUUCAAUAUAGUAAAAAAGAGGAUAAGGUUCUCCAGAGAAUCAGA